AUGGAUUCAGAUUACUCUUUUUCAUUAACUACUUUUGCACCAUCAGGAAAGUUGGUACAAAUCGAACAUGCUUUACAUGCUGCAAGUGCUGGUGGUUCAGCUAUUGGUAUUAAAGCUAAAAAUGGUGUUGUUAUUGUAACUGAAAAGAAAUUGCAUUCAUUGGUUGAUGGAUCAUCGGUUCAAAAGAUAUCAACCAUCACAGAGAAUAUUGGUUUGGUCUACGCAGGUAUGGGACCAGACUCUCGUGUAUUGAUCAAAAAGGCACGUAAAGAGGCAGAGAAAUACUUUAAAUUGUACAGAGAAAAGAUUCCAGUUCUUCAAUUGGUUAGAGAGAUGGCUAGUAUCAUGCAAGAAUAUACUCAAUCGGGUGGUGUACGUCCAUUUGGUGUUUCAUUAUUGGUUGCUGGUUUCGAUGACAAGGGUCCACAAUUGUAUCAAGUCGAUCCUUCUGGUUCUUAUUUUGCUUGGAAGGCUACUGCUAUUGGGUAA